UGACAGUUCAUAAACUCUACCAUUCAAACAAUUUUCAUAAAUGUAACAAGUGAUUCAAUAAAGACGACUUUUCCCUCAUGAAAAUGGCACAAGGAACACCAGAGAGUGAAUUUAGUAUAGAGUGCUUUAGAAAUUACACAGCACCAGAAGUGUUCAUACAAGGAUUAGCAGGAAUUGUAGAUCAACAAGAUGUUGAAUCUAUGAUACGAGCACAAAAACAAAUGUUACAACGUUUCGAAAAAACAAAUGAAAUGCUAACAAAUUGCAAUGCAUUGAGUGCAAGUCGAUUGAAAACAGCUGGCGCGGAAUUUAAAAAACAUACACAAGUAUUAAUUGAAAUGAAAAAAGAUUUAGAUUAUAUUUUCAAAAAAAUACGAGUUAUUAAAGGUAAAUUAAAUGCACAAUAUCCACAAGCAUUUGCGGAAGCAGUUCGUAGUAGUUUAGCUGAAGAAGCUGAUGAAAAUGAUGAUGAUGAAACAAAUGCUCCAUCGUCGAGUAAUAAUAGUAUUAAACGAGAUAAUGCUGAACUAUAUGAAAAUUUACAAGCGGAAGAAGUAACGCCAACAGAAGAAACCGUAAGGGAAAAGGAACAUGAAAAAUUGAAAAAGGAACCAAGUAGUUCGUAUAGCAAUUCCGAUAGUGAAUAAAUUUAUCACUUUUAUUUUAUCUGAAUUGACUUUUUUCGCAUUCUAAGAUCUAAAAUCACAAAAAUUUUAAUGCUAGUAUUGCUAAAAAAGGCGAUUACUGGCCUGACCGAAUCUUGAGAAUGUGAAAAAUGUUAAUUAUUCUUGGUACAAUACGUACUGUGAUUGAAAAUCUGUACAUAUUUGAAAU